AUGACCAUCUCGCAGGCCAUCACAUUAUUUCUACUAGCACAUAUCUGUUCCGGUAAUGUCAGAAAAAUUGCUAACAAACACAAACAGGCACACACUUAUACAUGACUGCGAACUUAGCAAGCCUUUUCUGUUGUGUUAAAAAUAAUCGCCUUGCUGACACAAAAAUUAAUACUUAUUACAUUUGAACAUUUACUGUACGUUUAAGUUACAGUCGGCUGCAUACCUGUUAAGUGCUAUUGCAGUUACUGAAAUUUGCAAUUAAUUUUUUUGUCUAAUAUUUCUAGGGACACUCUGUCAUGUUGGAGCAGACACUGAUCAGGCAAUCUCGGUUGACGCGUAUGUACACCCUUCUUAGGAUACAUAUUUCAAUCUUCCAGUCAGCGCUAUAUUUUAAUCUGGAAGAAAGUGUCGGUAUGAUUGUGAUUAAGAUGUUGUUUUGCUACGGGAGGCGUAAGAAAAUCAUUUGAUUCACCAGGAACCUGUCCGAAUUCCCCUACGCUGCAUUUUCCUACUGCUGUCUGUACACAGUGUGUGUGGUAUCUCACCGUAGCAGAAAACGUUUUGGUUAAACCAUCUUCAGACGCAACAUGUGCAUUAAUAAUUCUAUAAGUCAUGGAGAUUUAUUUUCUGCAAAUAUUGUUGUUUCACAUCAUAAAGUCAGAUUCAACUGUUUUUUCAUUGCCAAAUAUAUUACGUAAUACACGGAGUUGUGGCAUGUAAAAUUAUGAGACCCAAGUUAAAAAUUUAUCAGCAAAUGGGCUUAGCGGGCCGUCACCCUCUAGAAUGGUCAUGAGCAUCAUGCACAUAAUUGUCAAUUUUCACGCUUAACUGUAUUCUUGAGCUAUAUUUUUUGCGGACGGAGAUUAAACCAAAUCUUGCAAGUCAUUUUUCGAAGACGCGACCAGUUUAUUUCUUUAGCUUGCACUGUAAAAGUGCAACUAGUUGACCAGAACAACACAUUUGUAAAAUAAUUUUCUCUUUUCGUCAAGCAGAAAUGCGAAAGUUGACACAAGGCAAAUUCCGGUUUUCCCACGUCUCAAUGACACAGGUAGGUGAAGUUGUUAGUUUACGUAAUGAAUUGUUAUGCACGCUAAAGAAGUUUAACUGCUCUACGUUUUGUUCUAGUGUUAUAAAGCUCAAGGCACUUAAUUAAAGACGCUUUUUAAAAUAAGAAAAAAGGAAACAAGGAGCGGGAAAAACGUUAGGGAAAAAGGGAUACACUGAGGACCAAAACUGCAGAAAAUGAGAUUCGUAAAAAUCACUUGAUUUGUUAAAGAAUUUUUGUAGAUAAAAUGACUAAAGUUCAAGUUACAAAAUGCGUAUGAAUGUCAACACGUGAAACUUGCUUUUCGUUUUAUCUUAGCAGUAUCAAGUGUGGUAUGCGCAUAAUUCGAAUUAAAAAUCCCCCUUCAUAUUAAAUAAUUUUUUAUUUUGACGCAGCCCUUAAGGCUGAGGGGCACAGCUACACUGCAGUGGUUACAAUGAAGGCGCUUGAGGGAUCAACAGCCACAUUCAAGGCAAUCUUGCGCCGAUCGGGAGGCAGCCAGAAAAGUUGUACAAUGAGUUUGAAGAGCAAUGUGCUUUCAUGCGUGGUUUCAAGACUUCAACCUAAUUCGACGUAUAAUAUUGCAGUUGAAAUCUGCACUCAAGAGAAUCUUUGUACUGUACAGGACAGUAACCUCAAGGUCCGGACGAUGCCUGGUGGUAAGCCGUUUGCUUUUUUUCAAUUCAUUCCAGUAGUAUCGAUUGCCAAGAAACAUUUUAAAAUAGAGAUGUGCUUGCAGCUUAUGUUUGACAUCGAACACCUUUAGUUGUUUUGGUUUGAUUAAUGUAAUAUAAAUAACCUGUCUAUCGAGUAUUUCAUACCGUCGGGUUUAUAUCCGCGACCGAUUGAGGUAAUGAGCAUUUCAGUUUACUGAGCCUCAAUGCAUCGACUUAGGAAUGUGAAAAUUUUCCAUUUGGGGCAAGAUACGCGCGCAAUCUACCUUUGCAUGCGAUAUUUAACUAGUUUGUCAUUUUCUGCCAAAACGCGUCCUUUUUUUGUUAAAAUUACGGAUAAAUAUGUCUCAUACCUAAGUUAUUAAACGGAAAAAGCGUACUUUAAGCAGUUCGGAGUUAAAAUUCAGUAACUACUCUAAGUGCGGUCACAAACGAGAAAACCGAACAGUUUGGCUAGAAUCAGGUAAAUGAAGUGUAGAAUAUUUUCGUUUGACAAACUGUAGGCAACGUUUUUUUCAGCCACGCUCAAUUCCCUUGGGGGUAAAGAGCAUUAAAAUUCUCAUUCCAAUCAUACCCAUAUAUUAAAUUCCUUUAAAGAAAUGCGCAAAAUCACAUCAUUUGUUUUUUUUAGUUCCUCGCUACAUGUCUGUCUCAUAUCGGACCAACAGCUCAUUUCGGGUUUCAUGGCUUGAAUCAGUCGAAGAUCCGAAUAAUCAGUACGUGUACAGAGUGAAAGCUGUUCGUGGCUGGGAAAAAUACACAUGCGACUCACUAUCGACAGACCAGCCCUCAUCCUGCCUCAUAACGAAUCUCAAAAGGGGCACUAAAUACAAUGUGUAUGUUUCGGCAUGCACCUCGGAUGGCUAUUGCAGUGAUACAAUCACUCCUUUGCUUGGAGAAACAUAUCCAAACGGUAAGUAUUUAAAUUAACUUGUAUGGCAUAUCUCCUGUUAAUGUCAAUGUCUACCCUCAAAAGGAUAGACUUAGACAAAUUCAGUGUUGCGCCCGAUAAAAUCAGUCCUUCGACAGUUAAAAAAGAUAUAAAGAUAGUUUCAUGGGCAGAUUAAGGAGACUUUUUUCAAUAUGAGCAGUAGUUCCAGAAUUGGUCAAUAGUUAUUUUCCUGUUACAUGAUUACAUUCUGUCAGCUGCCACUUAACUGUAUACUGCAUGUAUAUAACUGGAUUAAAAUUUUUAGACAUGGACGUACUUUUGUAAACAAAGGGAAUGUUUUUCGUGAUAUUGAGCUUUUUGGAUCUAUAAUUGCCAAUGUGCAUUUACUUAGAUAAGAACGGAAAUUCGAUGAACAAAAUGCCUUAACCGAAGCAUCCACUUUUGCUGGCCUCAUAGAUGUAAGGCCCAGAGGUGUGUUAAGUCUUCUUAAUAAAUGCACAUAUUCAUCCAUGUAUGGAUUUAGCUUUUUUAUGCUCACUAACAGUUGCAGUCUGCCUAGGUUAUUUUGCAAAUUUAAUAAACAGCUAGAUAAAUAAUUGCAAAAUCACCUUACGCGUUAACUAAUACGUUUAAUUAACGAGAGUCCCAUCCUCUCCACUAUAUAAAACUAGAUCUAUACUUUUUUAUGUUUCUUACAAGUGCGGCUAGAAGGGCGCUGAUUUAGAAUUUCUAUAGCAAGACAUAGGAACAAGCUUGACAGCCUUAUAACACAAUCUUCGCUUUUCAGGUUAACUUUCACAUUUAUAACAGCGGCACAUCUCGCUGUCCGUAUUCUUUUAUUUAAAAAAUCGUUAAUGAAUUCACCGCAGCAUGACAAUAGCCGUAUCUACAGACAGCACAAGUCACGAACCAGGAUCGAAGUCAGGCAUGCAUUAACGCUCAAAUUCCCUUUUUUCCAGCGCCACGCAACUCGAGAGUGGUUAAGGCAUACCCGACAACUUUGGGCAUGAAGUUCGAUGCCCCCGAGGAUGACAGAAGAGGUACUGAAUUUUGGUACGUUGGACGCUUUGAGCCGGCCAACGACCUUAAUAUCUACAGAGACGGCUGCGAAACCAGAGACCUGGAGUUCAUACGAAAGUGCGAAUCAGAUGAUAUUGCAGCCGGAAGGAUGUAUAAAUUUCGAACAUUCGCUUGUACCGACGAAACAUUCUUGUGCAGUGAAGGGGAGCCUGUAUUCCCAAAAACCUCCUCACAAGGUAAGCCAAAAGAAGCCAUACUCGUUUAAUUUCUAAGUAAGGCAUUAUACUGCGGAUCACAAUGCAAAGAAAACAAAGAAGUCCAGAACAACGUCUUAUCUACCUUGAAAGUAAAUAUGCGAAUCCGUAUUCGAGAAACAUCCGAAAAUGCACCUCAUCGUCUCCUAUUUACAUAACUAUCUGAUUGUUUGGAUCAGCACACCCUGUAAUAUUAAUCCAGCCUAUGGUUAUAGAAAGUUACAUACAGUCAUCAGUUGUCCAGAAGAUAUAAAUCUUAUUUUCAUCCAACAAUUAUCGUUUAAAUAAACACUGACUUAUUUAUCAAGUUGUUCCUAUCUAACGGCAUAUAUAUCUAUUGUGACUGAUUAUUCAGUCCAUCGAAAAUAGCUACCUUGAAAUAAGAAAUUGGUCUUGGGGAGAGCGUCUGCGGCCCCAGAAGCCAAAUUUGUAAUGCAUCAACGUCGCCCGGUGAAUUUUUACGUAAACUGACAUUUCUCUUUAUUUAGGUCCCAUGUCUCUCAUAGUGGCUCGACUGGAUGACGGCGGUAUGCACUUCAGUUGGAUUUCGAACAUAAAGGCGGAAGAUAAACCAGGCCACCAAUUUCAGGUGCGAAUAGAACAGCUUCCCAAUAAAAUUUACCAAGCGCCCGUUGCCGAAGGAUACUUCGAACAUAUAUGGUAUGGACUCUCAACAGAUCCUUUAUAUCGGUUCAUACUGAGCGUCUGCAAUGGAAGUGAUUGCCAGGAUGUAUCGAAUUAUUUACAGCGUCCUUACAAUCGAGGUAAACGACUCACUUUUACGAUUUUUAAGUUGGCACUUCUUGUGUUCUAAAAGAUAAACACGGGCAAUUUCAUUGCCACACUCUGCCACAAAGAUAUGCGACGUCUGGAAUGAUAUUUGGCAGGCACUGACAACGCGUUUUCCGCGUCCACUCCACAAGAAGUCGGCAUUUUACUGUUGUAACCACUCACCAAUCAAUCAAUUCCAAUGUCUUCCAAAAGACCUUCGAGCUUUUUUGUGGUAACCGUACAGUUAUGGCAUCCUAGGCCAUUGAUCUUUUUGUCAAAAGUUAGAUCCGAGCCAAACUACAUAGGUCGUGGAUGUGACUGCAGCCCUGUCUUCAGAAUUAAUUUUCCUCACAGCGAAUUCUAUCUUAGCAGCUGGCAUUCAAAGUCCAGUAGAGCAAAGAAAAGCUUAUCUUUGGCGUUCAGCUACUAUGAAUAAAGAGGAUCUUUGUCGGAACUUAUGAUGAAAAGAGCACGGAACAAAACAUGUAAGACAGCACUGGGCAAGUAUUUGGCUAGAAAUAGGGGCUUACAAACAGCAGUGGAGCAGAUUUCAAACAAGUACCUUCCGAGCAAAAUCUCCGGCAAUUCCAUUAAGUUGAUGAUCAGGGUCGGUGUAGUGUAAAAUGAGGCAUUUAAAAUUAAUUAACUAAGUGUUCAAUUGUGCAGCACUGUCCAGCAUUAGCCGCAUAAAUCAUACAGCUUAGGUGACACCUCACGGCCUCUGGAUGGCAUACUGUGCCUGAUCCCCCAGACAUCCGUAAGCCGAAAAAUGCCUACUUUAAAGGCAUAUUUUCCAUUGUACGCUCAACUUCUGAUGUUGCAGGCAUGUAAACAUGAAUGUUUUUGGGAAGUUCUAGUGUUAUAUACGAACAGGCCUAGCUUAGAGCAUCCUGCUCAGUCAAGCAUACUUUGUUUGAAUCUUUAGAUUCGUUAUCUUAAUAUCACUAAUCGUUCUUAAGUUACUCUGUCUGACCUAAUGCAAAUAAACAUACACAAACUUUGUUGUUAAAAUUAGUGUUGACCACUUAGGUGUGAGGCCACAUCCACCGAAGAACAUCACCCAAACCACGGCGCAGAUCAGUUGGACAGAAAGAUCUGGCUUAUAUGGAAGUCUAAACUACAACUUCGUUUACGCAACUCCGGUGGACGCCAGAUGGAGUCAACAAGAGUGCGUUGCUGUCCGGAGUCAAGAAUGUAUGCUCACAAACCUGCGGCCCGAUACUGUGUAUAAUGUUGUCAUUACGGGAUGUGGCAGUUUAGCCACUUGUUAUCCCCCAACAAAGCCAAUUACAAUUAGGACCGCGAAACCCGGUAAGUUUAGCGUUAUGCCAACUGCAUGUUAUGUAGAUAAGUAACAUUAGCAGUUGUGGCUUCCGACUUCAUACCAGGACGUUAAACAUGUUAUUUGAUAAAAAAAGACAGACGCACAAAGUGGGUUAAGGGGAGAUGUGGGCCAAAAAUAGAAGUCAGAUUGGUAAAUAAGGUGUUGUAAAAAACGGCAAUCGGUCACAAAUAUGACGUGUAUGCUAGUGUUAUGCAGCUCUAUAGCUCCAUUUCAGACAAAAACCCAAAAAAUACGUCGUUCAUUUUUCAUUCAACUUUUUAAACGGUGCCAAAAUACGGCCAUGUCAGUAAUUACGACUUAACCGCAUAACUAGGGCUUCAAGUAUAGAGAUUUUUCUAAAACUAUGGAACUGACGAUUGUAUAUAAGGCGGUGGUGAAUUCGUCAAUUGACAAUCGCCAGCAAGUCAAAAAGAAGGGCUCUGCAGAUUAUGUGCGUUCUUAAUGACAAAGUUUUAAACACGUGUGCCCAAAUCCAGUAAGCUGUCAAUCAUUUUGAAAAUUAUAAGGGCAAGUGAGUUGGCCUGUCUCGAGGUUUUUGGACCUAAAGGAAAAUUAACCAUCAACAUGUGUCUUUGAAAUCCGAAAAUUCAUCGAUAAAUCAACUGAAGAGUCAAUAAAAUUAAGUACGAACCCCAUAGCACCCCUCGAUAAUGGGUGUUUAAAAAGACUCGAAAAGAAUAAGCGUACUAUCUGCUACACCAUCGUCUUCUCUUACGUCGACAACAAGCGACUAUAUAUUGUGUGCAUUCAUAAUAUACAAAUCUUCUUAAACGUUCAAUAUUUAUACCGAUUAUGCUGUUAUUUUCACCCGAAAGCAACACUCUUACCGUACACUUUGAGCUGAAGUCGAUAAGACGUGAACUUUUAUAAAAAUAUUGGUAGUUUUAUAGGCAAGCCUUAAUGCACGAAUACACACGUAACGGAAAUUGAAUAUACUAACAGAUAUCGCUAGUAAUAAUUAUUUCGUAUUUACAUACCAGUCUGUUUAACGGUAAACUAUUAUAAGUACUACAUUUGAAGUACUGAUCGCAUCCUGCGUCAACAUGCAUUCAUAUUGAUUGAAUGCUGCUCCUGGAGUCAAUUAGACACAGGAAGUAAGAUAAUAACAACACGCGAAUUAUUAACGCGUUAUUCACGGCAUGCGGCCUUUGGGUAUCCGACUCUAUCUGCGUCUUUCUUACGAUUUGCAGAUACGUUGGAGGCUCCUUCGGAUGUUCACGUUAGCAAUGACAAAGUCAAUUCUUUCUCUCUGACCUGGACGAAACCUCUGAUCGACGCAGGCGACUCCUUUGACUACAAGGUCACCUUGACUGCACCACAUAACCCAGAAAUUUCGGAAACACGUUUCCUCUGUGAAACCACCUUGGUGGAUGGGAAAGUGUCUUGCCUAGUUGAAAAUGCAUACACCGAUAUUCCGUAUUCAGUAAAAUUGACAGCCUGUGUGACUGCUGACUUGUGUUCAGCACCCUCGAAACCUAUUGCUGCGAAAAUCGCAAUUAAAGGUAGGCUACGUGGCUCGCAAUUACUUUGAGUUAUAGAUUUAGACGUUUAUUCUAUGGCUAGAAUUCUUAGUGAACACACAUCAGAAUUUAGAUAUUGUAUGUUUAUUGUUAUUGCUCUUCUGUAAUCUACAUGUCGAUGAUGCAUGCUUAACCGUUCCCAACGUCAAAAAGCUGGCUAUUUCUUUCCCUGUCUGAGGUCUGGCCUAAGUGAAAGGGUUUUAAUCAACUAAAUGUACCAAAUUUAACUUUCACAUAUUUGCCAAUCAAUGCCAGGUGCAUCCGUGAUACACUUAUGAGGCAUUCCUUAGUUCAUAAAACUGGAGAGCGACUCAACGCCUAUGCAUUAUAAAAAUCCCAAUAGUGAGUAGUCACAUUGAGAGCACAAUGACAAACACAAAUUCAGAUAGCUAGGCAACCUAAUAACAUGAAGGUUAUUUCAGCAAACGGUCCGUAAUCAUUUAUUCCCCUAAUGUUUGCCCCAUAGAUGGAUACCGUCUACAACCCACGGAAAUUGAGCCACGUUUUGUUACUGUCAGUUGGUUCAGCAAGCAAACAAAGCCGGACACCGAAUUUAGAGUUGUGGUAAACUCCUCAUCCACCACGGCGUGCGCUUCCAAGGUCUCCGCCGGAGAGCAUGUCUGUCGAGUCCAGGGACUUCUGCCUUCAGAGAAAUACAAUUUCAUGCUCCGUGAAUGCCAGACGGGAACAAACGUCUGUGGAGACCUCUUCAGCCUCCUUGUUCAGACGGCAAGCGACGGUAUGUAAACAACUGGGAGAUCAGGGACAGAGUAGUCUCAAGUUCAUAAUUCAAAAUAAUUAAUAAGGCAGUUUGUAGUUAACACUAAUCAUCUUUAACCGUACACUAGCCAGUUCAACAAUCACACUUAUGAAGGAGUUUAGUGACGAAAUUGCCGCCAGGAAGGUCGUAAAUUACCGGCUGCGCCCAUCUGAAACAUGCAAUAAAGAUGUCAAAUUUGCUUUUUCCGGGGAUGGGACAAUAUGCGCAAUCGAAAGUUUUGAUCAAAUAGUGCGGCAUUUUAAUCCCACUGGAUAGAUGUUACCGUAAAUUUUGUGAAAGGGGAUGACAAAGUAAAGGGGCAAGAAUACAUUUCAAAGCCGCAUGACGGUAGAAUUGAGCAUUUUUAUUGUACAAACUGUGGUUAAGCAUCACCGUUUCGUCUUUAUUUUGACACAAGAAAGGCUGUUAUCUGCUGAAUGCAAAAUUUUCUCUAUAUAUUUCGUUAAAAUAUUUUGUUCUUAACACGCUUGAUCUCAUAUUACCGCGGUGCCUAAUCAGUCAAAAGCUCUACUCGCAUAUCUGUUCAGAUUUCAAAAUGUGCCCGUUAUGCUAAUAGACAUGUUUCAGAAAGUGAAUAAUUUGACACACUUGCUGUGUUUGCUCAAAUUGACUGGUCUUGACAAAUUAAAAAUUUUCUUACAGAACGAAUACACCAAGUGCUCGACGACCUUGUUAGUGAUAUAGGCCGGACAACCGCGACACCUGCUGAUCCGGCCAGACAACUGAUGAUUCGAGUGGCCUACUCAAAGCUUGGUGUCGCCACAAUUGGCACCCUCAAGGGUGUCUCCGCCGUCAUUACGCCGAUUGACCAGGGCAGCCCUACAGAGGGUCCCAACUGGUCAGUCCCAUCGACUUAUCUUGCAGAAUCGGCAAAAGCGCCGCAACUGGUUGGUGGGGUAAGUAAAGAUGCCACACAUCACCCACACAAAGCGGCAUGAAAUGCAUGACUCGUCGGUGAUUACAUAAUAAAAACGGACAGUCGACAGAUAAACCAGAAGAAAUGUUGCUUAGGGAUACUUUCAUUCACGUAUGCUUACUAAUUGUCCUAAAUUAAGGACGCAUAAGUAAGGGGUAAUAUUUGUAGUCUUUUUGAACUUAAAUACCUGUUUAGCCUAAAUUCCCUUAGUGCAAUGUUUGGGAAUAGGCGACAAGUAUGACUUUAGCCAUAUUUCUAACUGAAAAAUCAAUACUGUGUACGUGAGCAUUGCUGAUCGAAACUGUUUGUUGUUUUUUUAUUUUCAAAUAUUUUUACAAAUAGAGAAUAGUGUGCCAAUAACUCCAGCAAUACUGUGAUAGAUACGUAAAAACUUGGAGACUGGGAAUGCUAAGCGUAAAUUCAUACUGUCGGCAUCCGUAGAAUGGUGCAAGUUAUCGUCUUAUUAUCCAGUCUGCAUUCGAAUUUUAGACCUAUAUGAACCCCAUCGACGGAAGUUGGGAGGUGAGGCUUUCUAUACCGGCAACGGGAGCGGAUUCGAAAUUGCCGGACGAAAAUGUGGUACUGGGUGCCGCUGACGGAGUUAUGUUCGACAGUCAUGACUAUAACGGCCAACUAGCCGCGGGAACCACAUACGCGUAAGGGUUUUACGUCUUAGACGUACGAUAAGCAAGUUCCAAUAACUACAGGAAAAUGCCUACUGUAUGAUCUCAAGCACUUUUUGGCGGACCAAUCCAAACUUUUAAACCAGUUUUAUACAAGCUGGACUUUCUUCUUUUAUAAGUUAUUUUAUCUUACUUGUUUAAUGGUAUUGUUUUGGGCUAGUAUCCAUUACGUCAGAGGAUAAUAUGGCCCAAUUUCUGCUUUCCGGAGAAGUUACCUCGGACAGUAUAUGUUGAUCACUUCCAGUUAACUUUCUACUUUUUCCUUGGUGAUAUUUCCUACGAACAGUACGUUGUUGUAAUGCUUCAGCGUGGUUUUCAGUUAAAUAUGCCACAAAAUGUCUCACAAAUAAUGUGAAUUUUCAUUUUACAGUCUCCGUGUGCAAACAGAUAUGCCUGUAUGGUUUAGGGUUACACUCCGUCUUGAUCGUGUCUAGACCGACUGUAUUGUUUUUUUCCGACACAAUGUCCGCUAGUUUUUUCCAUUUCGUAGGAUGCGCUCCGAAUUACUCACAGGAUACAGGGGUAGUGAUUAACUUUCGGACUCAGUCGCAUCAUAUGAUGAAAUGAACAAAAAUGAUUUUUUGCAUGUAAAGACAAUCUUUCCCUUCGUCUUUUAAUAUUGCAGGAUUCAGUUACGAGUAUACACGGAUUUGGGCUUUGGAACGACGGCCCCUACAAGAAUGCGCACUGCAGGUAACCAAGUAAUUAUCAAAUUAUUCAAAAUGAUUGUUAUCUAUAGGACGAUUCCUGAGCUAACGUCAAUUUUACUACACUACGUCAGCCACCGGUCUCCUGAUGGACCUAAAAUAAUUCAGUCAUAUCUUCACAAUGAAUAUGGCUGUGAGGAUGUGAACUGUAUUUUAAAAGUAUACUUAGUAGACAGGCACAAAAAGAGUUAAGCAAAAUGCAAAAAUGUGCAAUCGAUUGGGAAACGCUGCUUAGGUGGUUUUUUGUUUUUGAUUAUCUUGAAACACUAUCCAAAAAUAUGGCUUUUCGGGUGAUCUGCUUAAAUGACUUGUAUUUUAUUUGUUUUAAAAUUUGUAUUGAGAUUUCGUUGUACCUGCCCAUUUACCACUGCUCCUAAUGAAAUAUACAACACAGUUUACAUGUGCAAUUCGUAUUUUACGCGACUUAUGCGAUAUGUUUAUGGUGCCAUAGACAAAUGCAUGAUUUUCAGCGCGUCAAAGGCAAAUAGAUUGCAGACUUCAAAUCCUAAAAGCGAACCUAGCGGCUAAUUGGGCUUGAGCGUUUUCGGUCUUUGGAAAAACCUUUCAAAAUGCAAUAGUCCAUUUUUUUAGUUAUAUAAUUUUAGAGGUCCUGAAUGAGUACGAAAGGAGUAAAAAAUAUUGUUGAUGGGAGUUUUUAUAAAAUAUAUUCAAAUUCUCGGUUUCAGCGAAACUCGGUCGAGGCGUUUUGCACUACAACAGUAGUCACCUUCAAGAAAUAAAUUUUUUGAAAAAGUGGAAAGGAAAAAUAAUCGGAUGACAGCAUCUUCUUUUGAGACUGACAUAUUAUAUGAUUUUGCGGCUCGACAACCAAUAGCUUAAUCUUACUAAAGUAAUUCUAUCUUACCAAAGCGCAUUCCAAAAUUUUGGCUAAUACGGUGUGAAAUUGGUCUUAUACCCCGCGCUUGCUGUAUGCUGUUCGGAUCUUGUUAGGCAAAAUGAUUUUCACGAGUUAUGUCGGAACUUUCCGUCAGGCUAUUGAUCUCCAUUGUUAUGAAAUUUAAUGAAAAUCAUUGUUUUGUACUAGAUUUACAGACGGGUUCUGAAGCCAACGGCGGUCUCAUUGCGGUUUCCGUAAUUCUUGCCAUUCUUUGCGUGGCCCUGAUCGCCUCCGUCAUUGUCCUGGUUUCAACUCGACGCAACAAGAAGAUUGACCCAUCGGAACCAAAUAAAAGCGAACUGGCCGACAAGUAAGCAAUUCAGCAAUCGCUUCAUAGUAAAUUUAAAAAAUAUGGCUGACAGACUACCUUUGGCAGUCUCAUAAAAUGUGUCCACAGAUUAAGGGUCGGUAAAAAACUAAUAAUACUAACAUUUUCAAUGUAGUUUUAAGCUGCCUGCGUAAACGAAGGACCGCAAAUAUUUGGCGUUUGUGAGAAAAAAUAACACAAAAUUAAAAUUAAUGACCUGCAAUAGCAGAAUGAGGUAAACGUUGUCUGCAAGCAAAUGUCCGUUAGAACUUCGCUGAAAGCCGCACUUUCCAAAUCAGGUCUAUUGCAUUGUUGAUACUUGACGCGUCAAUAUGCCGUAAACUAAUGGUGCGGUGAACUGGCUUUAUACAGUAAAAGUUACCACCAAUAUUGCCUUUUUCGUGCGAAUUAUUGUUGCAAUCGUCCAGGUUCUGAAGCCCGGUAGGUGCCGUUAAUUACUGCCAAUUAGGAGAAAGUGUCUGCCUGCAAUAUAACGAAAUAAUAAGCUUAUAGGUUUACAGUGACCACAGAAGUAUUCAGCGUGUGCGUCAGAUAAGUCGCCAUUCAAAAUGUCUUGGUUAACUUUUUUGCAUAGGAUUACUGUUUACGUUAACAUCCUCUGUAACUGUUUUUUUUUAGCCCGGGCGUAUAUUUUUAG